AUGCUCGCCGGGGAGGGCUGGAGCCGUGUGUCUCAAGCAAGUCGCUCAAAUGGAGACAAGCCAGAUGAAGAAGGUUGCCCAGUUGCCGGGGAAGAGGCCGAAGACGCAAAGAAGUGCACGAUUCGCCGAGUCGCAGAGUACCUGCCACCGAGAUCGGUCCUCCGCACAGGGAAUAAGAAGGCCAAUGAGGGCUACUUGGCCUCCAUGUGGUCUGCGAACACGGGAGGCUUCCUGGUCUUGGCCGACAAAAUGAUCAAAAGUGACGAAAGCAAAGGGGUGGUUCAGGGUGCCAGGGACAACUUGAUCAAUGAGUGCACGAACAUGGGCCUGAUCAGCGCCUUGAUGCUUACCAUGAUCCUCCCCAUGGCGUAUGAUAACGUCAACGAUUGGCUCGAGGAGGAUUUCCCUGGAAGUGGUUUCAUCUUCUUGGACAGUUACAUUGGCCAGCAGAUUGGUGAGACCUAUGUGAAUGCGGCGUCUCCUACGUUGAAUGACAUUGUCCUGAUUUUCUACGUGAUUGGCUUCGCAGGAUACCUCUUUUCGACCAUCAUGACAGUCGUCAUGCUUCUUUGUGUGGGAGAGGUGCAGACCGAGAUGGGCUGUCAUGUCUACCUCAAGAAUAUCGGGUUCAUGUCGCGCAUGCCCUUCUUGUGCUUCCUGAUGGGCUGCCUUUUCGCCGUGGCCUCGGGUCUCCGUUUCAUCGUGACCCCGAAGACUCCGGGAGGCCUUGUCGUGCUGGGAUUGGUCGUUCUCUUCUUGAUUGCGGGCAUGUUCUUCGGGUCCCCCGUGCUCAUCCAAGCCGCUAUCAAGGCUCACAAUGUCAUCCACGAGUAU